UGCACACACUCUUCAAGAUGUCCUUCUGGGUGACAGUCGCAGUUGCCUUGGGGGCCGGUCUUUUGGGGAUCCUCUACCUAACGGGCUUUUUCCGCCGAAGACGACCCAAUGAACCUCCUUUGGACAAAGGACUCAUUCCAUGGCUAGGACACGCAUUGCACUUCCGAAACGACAACAUGGAUUUCCUGCAAACCAUGCAGAAGAAGCACGGGGACAUUUUCACGGCCUUGAUCGCAGGACAGUAUUUUACUUUCUUGACAGACCCGCUGUCCUUCGGUGGCAUCGUCAAGGAAGCCCGAAGCAAACUGGAUUUCAUUUCGUUUGCAGCCGAGCUCGUCCUCAGGGUGUUUCGAUUCGAGGCCACCCACACGACACACAAGAUCAUUGAAGCCUCCAGCACGAAGCACCUGAAGGGAGAAGGCCUGGAAGUGAUGACCCAAGCCAUGAUGGAUGCCUUGCAGGCCGUCUUACUCCGGUGGCAGGAAACCUCCAAAGAAGAUCCGAAAUCCUGGAAAGAAGAUGGUUUGUUCCACUUUUGCUACAACACGGUCUUCCGAGCUGGGUUCCUGGCUUUGUACGGCACCGAACCAAGUGGGAAACAGAAAGAAAAAUCAGAACAAAAGGACAAGCAGCACACCGAAGAGGUAUUCGUCGAAUUUCGCAAAUAUGACAAGCUCUUCCCGCGCCUCUCGUAUGCCCUGUUGACCCCGUCGGAAUGGGGCCAAGUGAAGAAAAUCUGGCACUACUUCUGGGACGUGCUUUCAGUGAUGAACGUCUACAAGAAGGACAACAUCAGCCGGUGGAUCAGCGACCAGUCUCAACAGCUGGCCGAAAGUGGGCUGUCCGAAGAGAUGAGGGACCGCUUCAUGUUCCUUCUCCUUUGGGCCGCUCAAGGUAACACCGGUCCAGCUUCCUUCUGGCUCCUGGAGUACUUGAUGAAGCACCCCAAAGCCAUGGAAGAGGUCAGGAAGGAGAUUGAGGAGGUGUUGAAGAAGUCGGGCCAAGAGGUGAUCUCCCGCCAGAAGCCCGUGAACAUCACCAGAGAGAUGCUGAGCCAAACGCCCAUCCUGGACAGCGCCGUGGAAGAGACCUUGAGGUUGGCGACAGCCCCUUUGUUGGUUCGGCUGGUUCUAGAAGAUAUGGAGCUCAAACUCCACAAUGGGAAGUCCUACUUGCUGCGCAAAGGCGACAAAGUUGGCCUCUUCCCUUUCCUCUCGGCCCACAUGGACCCCGAAAUCCACCCAGAGCCCCAGGCCUUCAAAUAUGACCGUUUCCUCAGCCAAAAUGGCUCCAAAAAGGAAUUUUUUAAGAACGGCGAGAAGGUGAAGUAUUUCACCAUGCCUUGGGGGGCUGGGACCUCCAUGUGUCCUGGCCGUUACUUCGCUACCAACGAAAUCAAGCUUUUCGCUUUCCUGAUGCUGGCUUGUUUUGACCUGGAGCUGAUCGAUCAGCAGGAGGAGAUCCCGGCCCUAAACAAGACCCGCUACGGAUUUGGGGUGAUGCAGCCCAUGAAUGAUGUCCGGUUUAGGUACCGUUGCCGUUGCUAAAAGCAGAGGCAGCGAUCUACCCGUGAUAAUCGAAGAUAACCAGGGAGAUUUCACUGGUGAACUGGUUUGUUUCUAUGUUAGGGAAUUCUGACUCUGUGUGUGUGUGUGUGUGUGUGAGAGAGAGAGAGGGAGAGAGAGAGAGAGAGACCCUUCCUUUUUUGCACAUUUAGCUUACACACAAUAAUCUAGGAUAACUAGGGAUAUUUCGCUGGUGAAAACUGGUUUAUCUCUAUAUUAUGCAAUCAGACUCUGUGUAUGUGUGUAUGUGUGUUUGUGUAUACAUUAACUGCUUUUCCUUUUGCACACUUCGCUUGCACAGGAUAAUUUAGGAUAGGGAUAUUUCACUGGUGAAUUGGUUUAUCUCGAUAUUAUGCAAUCAGACUCCCUCCUUCCCUCCCUCUUUGGAUAUGUGUUUGUGUGAGCUGCUUCCUUUCUUUUUUCACGCUUAGCUUGCACAAGAUAAUCUAGGAUAACCAGGAACAUCUCACCAACAAACUGAUUCAUCUCUGUGUUAUGGAAUCAGUCUCUUUCUCACCUUUGUGUGUGUGUAUUAACACCUUCUUUUCCUUUUGCACAUUUAGUCUGUUGUGCAAAUCCCCAUAUGCAUGACACAGUUUAGCUUCUGCUUGCUAGUUGCCAGGGACAGAGAGAAAAUUUCUGGAAAAGCAAAAAUCCACCCUGAAAAAUAACCCAGAGAAGGCUGCCUGAAGUUAACCCUCCCAAGUCGCUUCUCUUUCCUUCCUUUUCUGUUCAGGUUCAGCUUUCCAAAAUAAUAAUUAUUUUUUUUUAACUUCAUGCAGAUCCAGUGUGCUAAUGUAUACAAACUGAGUUGUGUGUCUUCUGUUGAUCUGAGGUUCCGAGUGAAAUUUGCUAAGGGGCUUUUUAAGAGACAGAGGAAUUCCAAAGAAAGGAUUUUUCCUUUGUGUGUAGCAAAACUAUAGCUAGUCCUUGACUUAUGACCACGAUUGAGCCCAAAAUUUCUGUUGCUAACUGAGAUGCAGGUUAAGUGAAUUUUGUCCUAUUU